UUGCCUUCAUCAUAGUGAAACCUUCCAUGGCACUCACAAACAAUUGCAAGAGAGACAGCAAUUAAGAAGCAGACAUAAAGAUAAGAGAUUGUAGAUUUGAUGGCGGGAUCAAUAACCAGGGAGCAUAGAUUUAAGAUAGGGGCAGGAAGUUUAGAGGAUGUGAGGAAAACCUUAUUGAACCAUGAGUGUUGAAAAUCUGGAAUUCAUUACCUGUAAAGGUGGUAGAGAGAAAUCUUUGCAUCACUGAAGAAUUUAAAUGUGCAAUUGCAGUGCCCAGGCACACGAGGCUAAGGGCCAAGAGCUGGGAAAAUAGAAUUAGAACAGGUAGGGGCUUGUUUUUGAGUGGAUGGACCGAGGGUCAAGAGGGCCUUAUCUGUGCAGUAGACCUCGAUGAGUUCAAGGGAUUUCAAACAGAUUUUUAAAGGAAAGAGAUUUUACAGACAACGAAUCUGUUAAACAGCGCUUUGAUAUAAAAUCGUCAAAGCUGCAAAAAGAAGAAGGGAGACCGGGAUUUCUCCAACAUUGUCUCCCCAUCCUUUCCCUUCGAUUGACAACCGCCUUGACAACUGCGCUCCUUAGCAACCAUCCGAAACAAUAUGGCCGACGACAAAGAAGCGGCAGAAGCAUUAAUAGCAGAGCUUCAGAAGAACAUCAAAGAUGCUUUUGCUGUUUUUGAUCAUGAGUCAAACAACUCUGUGGAUGUCAGGGAAAUUGGCACAAUUAUUAGAUCUCUGGGCUGCUGCCCAAAUGAAGGAGAACUUCAUGAAAUGUUAGCAGAGGUGGAGGAAGAAGAACCCACGGGAUAUAUACAACUUGAAAAGUUCCUUCCUAUGAUGACUAGAGUGUUAUUAGAAAGGAAAUACAGACCCCAACCGGAGGAUGUUAUUUUGCAAGCAUUUGAGGUGUUAGAUCAAACUAAAAAAGGAUAUCUUACCCAAGAGGAACUUACAAAGUAUUUGACUGAGGAAGGAGAGCCAUUUACACAAGAGGAGAUGGAAGAGAUGCUAUCAGCUGCUGUGGAUCCAGAAAAGAAUGUCAUCUUUUAUAAAGAUUUUGCAGCGAUGAUGACUAUUGAAGACACCUAACUAUGCUAUUAGAAAAAUCUUCGUAAAAAUUCAAAGGCAAACCUCCUACCUACUCAAACUUAGCAAGAUUUUGAAUAAAUGGAUGCAGGGCAUUUAUUUUAAAAUUGGAGCUGAUCUACUUGUACAAAAAUAAACCUUGAUUCGAAAGGGAGUACAAAAAUGUGUCUAAAAUAUUUUAAGUUUUUAUUAGGAGAAUUUACUUUAUUAU